CACACACACUUCCUCCAGGGUUGGAUCUCAGUAAUAAACCGCAGCCAGCUUUUAAUAACCAGCUGAUACCUUCCAGGGACACUGGUUCUGCCUCAUGUAUUCGGAGGAUUAAUACAAAAGUAAUGAGGUAAAAAGGAUCCUUUGCAAGUGAGCCUCACUGACAGAGUUUCAUUUAAUAUCACAGUUUUAAUAUAUAUUUCUUGUUUCAACAUUUUAUUAUUGAUUUGACCAACAUAGCUGUUUUGUUGUUUUUAUUUGUAUUUCUUUGUGUAUUAAUAUGUAAUAAUAUCUUAUGUGUUAUUUUCACUGUUCACUGUUUCCUGAUUUUGAUGAGCAGCAGACACAUUUCUACCCGAGGGACAAUAUAUAUUAUAUUCUAACUUUAGUGGAUUAUAAGUAUAAAGGGGAAUUAAAACAUAGCCUUUAAAUAACACAACUCAUUUUUGAGUUUUUUCAGUGACAAAUAUCUCCAGCCAGUAUUAAAUACAUUUCUUCAUCAAUCAUUUGAAAUAUCGUUAAGGGGAAAUGAUGAUGAAAUAUAUGUAAUAACCAUAAUAACCCACAUUCUUUAAAGGUUAUAAGGAAGUUUGGAAAGGUUUAAUGUGCUCAUAUAAAGCUCAUAAUGAAUGAGUAGCUUCGUCUUCAUAAACAUAUAUUAAUGUUCAAACAGUUAAUAAGAGGGAACGUGAUAAAUUAGCAAGAAGCUAAACAGAACCGGGAGCUACAGCGGGUAACGCUGGUCCGCCUGGCCGGGAAGAGGAGCCUCUAGAGCGGCCUUACCUGGAGAGAGAUGACUGGACACGGCGCUCUGGAGGAAGGUGAGAGCCAGAAGGAAGAGGAAACGACAGUAAGACAUGGCGGCUGUUCCUAUCAGCGUUAACGGCUCCCUUAAAACCGUCACUUCUCUCCGUUAUUUCUCCCGUCUUCUCUACUCUCUGAAUCCCCAGUCACUUUCAAAUCUCGCGUCAAUUUAUCGCGAGAUUAGAAAAUGUCAACAGUAAAAAAAAAACUAUAGCCCGCCUUCUUUUCAGUGUCAGCCAAUGACAGUAAAGGAAGGUGAGAGUGACGUUGUGACUGAGCCAGUCGGUUGCAGAUGGUCUCUGUUUAAGCCAAUGAGAGGCGGACAAAUGGAAAGGAGUGGGCUGUGAUUUCUGUUCUGCGGAAAGUUGGAGAAAAGUGUGGAAAGUGAAUCUUUGCCACGUCUGAUGCAUUCCUGAGGGGAGAGAGUCCUAGAGAGUGCACAGGGAGAGAGAGGGAAGGGAUGGAGGGGGAGCACAGAGAGAGAGAGAGAGCAGAGCGGGGAAGAUUAAAUCACAUUUUGUAUUUCUUUAUAACAUGGAAACACCUUUAUCUUGAAAGUGCUACUCCUGCAGGCUUGGAUGUUACAUAUAUUAUAAUAUAAAAUUAACAUAACUUAUCAAUUUAAUCAGAAAUAAAAAAUAUAUUGUUAUUAUUAUUUUACUUAAAUAACAUCAACUCUGUACCCUUACAUUUAAAAUAAUCUUUACUGUAAAAGACAUCUCUAAGGUCCUUUAAAUAACAUCUUUCCUAAAUAUAUAUUUAUUUACACUAAAGUCAUCACUUAUGACAAACCCUUAGUUAUAAGACAAAAUAAAAACACAUUCAAAAAAGUACGUUUUUCACCACGUCAUCACGUCACCACGUCAUCACGUGUUUCCAUGGUAACAGAACGACAACACUUCAGCCACUCGGUAGAAAACAGAGGUAUUUAUAUUUAUGUUAAUACACUUUAAACCUGAUCUCAUCUGAUGAAGAGGAGGAGGUUCUUCACCCCCCUGGAGGUGUCCUCCCACAACACGGAUGCCGACCUGUGGGUCUCUUUCCUGGGAAGAGUGUGCGACCUCACCCCGCUGAUCGAGGAGCACAGAGGAGACGUCCUGCUGCUGCCCAUCCUGGAGUCUGCUGGGCGGGACAUCAGCCGCUGGUUCGAUCCCGACACCAGAGACGUGCUCCAGUACGUGGACCCCCUCACUAACUGUGUGCGGUACUACACCCCCAGGGGGCGCUUCCUGCAUGUGCCCCCCACCGGCCCUCGGUCUGACUGGGACACGGUCACCGGCCCCUGGUGGAGGGACACGCGUUACGAGGUGGGAAGACUGUCAGAAAAAACCCGCUGGAUCCGGAUGGUGAACACGCUGACGUCGCAGGAGCAGAGGCUGCAGGUGUGUUCGGAGGAGACCCUGCUGGAGGUGCAGCAGCGCUACCUGAACUACAACGCCCAUGCUGGCAGCUACACCUGGACUCACAGCGGGGGGGGUGCGUUGGACAUGAGCCGGACGCUGGUGGAGAACAACGUCCCGGACACCGAACACGAGCUGCAGGACCUGAGGCUGGACGCUGAGCACUGCCCCCCCGCCAUCCUGGUGCACUACAACGACGACCUCACCGAGGGAUGACCUCAUCAGGUCAUCAGAGGUCAUAUAUAGCACUGUGAGAGCAGCACAAUAAAGAUUCAUGAGUAA